AUGAUUUUGUUAAUUUGUGUAGCUUUUUUAGUCAUUUAUAUAAUGUAAGUUAGUUUUUAUCUAUUUUCCUUAAUUAUAAAUUUCCCUUUUUAAUUUCAAAGUACUAAUCUAACUAAAAAUAGAAUAAGAAUGUCGUUAAGAAUCAUAUAUUUGAACACAACGUUUCAAAAUUUAAUUUCAGUCAAGCAAUUUACCAUGCAAAUUACUGGAAACGUCUUGGAGUGUCGGGUCCACAAGCGUUACCAAUAUUAGGCAAUCUUCCUGGAAUCAGAAGUCACAAAGCCUACUCACUCAAGAUCGCUGAAUGGGCUAAACAAUAUGGCUCUACCUUUGGAAUGCAGAAAGGAAGGACCAACAUAUUGGUAACAAGUGAUCCAAACCUCAUCAAAGAAGUCAUCGUAGACAAGUUUGACAUCUUUUAUGCUCGUGAGGUAAGCAAUCUUUUCUAAUGUCGAUUGUAGUUAUUUUCACUUUGAUAGUAAUUACUUUUAAAAAUAUAUAAACAUGCUACCAAUCACAUUUUUAAGGUUCCACCAAUCCGAGGUGACCCAGAAGUCACUCCACGUGCUAAUGUGUUUUCGGCCGCCGGCAAUCGUUGGAAACGGCUCAGAGCCCUUUCCAAUCCAGCUUUCAAUGUUCAAAACUUAAAAAAGGUAAAGUGGUCAACCUAUGCUUAAUAUUAUACACUGUAUAUUCAUAAAAAUUUAUAACGAACAUUUGGGAAAAUGUAAAUUCAUAAAUAAAAAUUUUUAGGUAAUGCCAAUUAUUGACGACUCUGGUUCCAUAAUGAUGGACCAUUUAGAAAAAGAGUACGCUCCUGGAAAGACGGUCGAUAUUCAACCGUAAGUCUUUACCUGUAAACUCCAACCGUUUUAAAUUUUAACCUAAUCGUCUUGUCAUACUCAAACCAUGACAAACAUUUUUCAGAUUUUUCUUUGAAUUCACAUUGGACGUGAUCUGCCGUGCUGCUUUGGGCUUCCAAGAGAGUAUGCAAUUCAGAAACCCGUAUCGUGAUGACUUGUACUAUUUCUUCCGUAACUUGACACAUCCUCUGACCGACAUGUCAUGGAUGUUCCCACUGUUAUGGAGACCUCUACGUUACUUAGAAAUGGCAUACAGAAUAUCGUACGGUACUGGUGUGCCGAACUUAUUCAAAGGCAUGGAAAAGGCUGUUAAAGAACGCAAAGCUAAAAGAGUAAGAUAUAAUACUGACUUGUAAGAGUGAUAGAUUUAAAAAACUAAAUUAUCAAAAAUAUUAGCAAUCAUGUUACAGUAAACUAUGCCUUAUUUAGCUAGCUGGAGAAGCCAACGAAGAACCACAAGAUUUUAUUGACAUUUUCCUGAACUAUGAAGAUGAAUUUGAUCUAUCAAAAACCGGCGAAGUGUACCAAAAGUCUAAUGUUCACGUAGAGAAGAAGAUGACCAGCGAAGAAAUAUACGCUAGCUGCUUUGUAUUCUUGGUGGCUGGGUAAGUUAUUUUAACCUAUCGUUUUUCAAUAGUGUUCCUAUCGCUCCUAUCUUUCAAAACUAAAAAGAUGCCAACUUCAUAUUAAUCACAAGUAAAGAAACAUAUAACAAUGAAUCUUUCAGAUACGAUACCACCGCAAAUGUACUCAACUUUACCACCUAUUACUUGGCUCGGAAUCAAGAUGCUCAAGAUAAACUGAGAGCUGAAAUUGAAGAAAUUUGCAUGGAUGAGGUAAGCAAAUGUUUGACUUACAAUUUUGUCUUUACAAAUUCUUACUCAAAGUUAUGUCUUGUAGACUCCAACAUACGAACAAUUGAACCAGCUCAAGUACGCUGACGCCGUCAUGAAAGAGUCUUUGAGAUUGACACCCAUUGCUUCAGCGUGAGUAUUCUGUAUAAUAAUAUUAUAUAGUCAAUACUGUAGGCCAAAAAUAAGUGGUAUCCUGAUUAUUUGGGAAACCUGUUGACUAUAACUGUUUCAGAGCUCUGAACCGUGUUUGUUCUCAAGACUCCCUGAUUGGCGACAAGAAGAUACCUAUGAAGAAAGGAGAUUGCUUCGAAGUCGAUGUCAUGUCAUAUCACAGAAGAAAAGACGUGUUUGGAGAAGAUGUUGACAAAUUUAGACCAGAACGGUAAGAAAACUUAUAACAAUAUUAGCCCUAAGCAGCGUCGCAUUGGGAUCAUAUACGUUUUCCUUUCGAUACCUACCACAACAUAACUUUUAAAUUUCAGAUUCCUGGAAGAAUGUAAAACAGAACAAAUCUAUGGAUUUGGAGGAGGUCCACGAAUUUGCAUAGGAAUGAGACUGGCCUACCUCGAGGAGAAAAUGGCAUUAGUUAAGUUGCUACGAAAGUACCGUGUCAAGGCAGUACCAGGAGAUGACGAACUAAAUUUGAGCGGAACGUUAGUUAUGAGCACUGACGGAAUGAAAGUGCAACUGGAAGAACUCUAA